UCCUUUGGCAGGAAUCAUUUGAUCUUGACGAGCGCAAGUGUCCAGUUCAACGCGAUAGAGCAACACCGGACGAAAAAUAACCCCCCAAAAGGAACAACCGUCUUGGAAGGAAAAGGGCCAGUUUUUGUGCUGAUAGUUUUGCACAAAAUAAAGGGAAAAUUUUUGCUACAAAUUGAGUUUGUGAUUUUUAAAAGUACAAUUUCGUGCCAGGUAGCAGAUUGGUGAAGGAAAUAGUGUGCUCGCACGGGAAGUGUAAUAUUUGAACCGAUCGCAAAUGAUCUUCUCCCGAUCACUCCAUCAUACAUUGCUAGGAGUUAGUAUCGUUGAAAAGGACGGCUAAUCAUUGAAACGGCUAAGUGCCUGGUGAACAGAAAAAAUUAGACAUUUGAAAACAAAAAAAAAACAAAACAUUCAAGUUAAAGUGUGUGAACAGCGAUCCGCCAACAAUGAAGACGGUCAUACCCUUAGGUUUGCUGCUAGGUUUGCUGAUGGUCCAACCGGCCCAAAGCGCACCCUUCAACCUGCGCGAUACGGCAGACGAAGGCAUCACCAUGCCGGAAUCGAAAAUAAUUGAUCUGGAAAAUCUGACCGAAAGUGAACGGGAAUUCUUACGGGAGAACGUCAACAUAACAGCAGUUAAGAUACAGCAGCAGGCGCUCCGGGAGCAACAGAACAUGAACCGUACCAGCGGUCCGAUGGCCAUCACCCAGAGCACCAUCGACCGGAACGUUCCCGAUCGGGUGAAAACCAGAAAAGAAUACGCAGAGCAUAUAAUCGGUAACAUCAAGCACAACAUCGAAAGCAACCUGAUGCGGAACGAUACCGUGUCCCAUCUGGCCGCCACGCACGAGAUGGCCUUUUCCGCCGUCUGCGAGAUGCCCAAAAACACCAACUCCAGCCAAUGGAACGAAGACAACACCUGGAAUCUAUUUUUCCGUCUGCCUCACAAUAAGCAGUAUAAUUCUGUCAGCUCGGCUGUUCUAAGAUUGUACAUGAAUGGAAUCAAUUCAACCGGUGCACGCAAUCAACGAGAAUCGGGCAAUUGCAAGAAUCCCUCGGAACAGAUGAUUCGCAUAACGGUGUCGGUGUACUUCCGCAAGAAUAGAAGAGAUAAUGGAGCUCCUGAACGUAAGAAGCGUAUCUGCAGUUGUACAACGAUCACCCAAUCGUACCGAGGCUGGAUUACGAUGGAUACGUUGCUGGCGGUGAAGUUGUGGGAUAAACCGAACCGUAACCUAGGCAUUGCGAUCGACGUCGAAGAUCAGGAGGAUCGACCAAUGCGGGCGGCCGAUUUCUUUCAGCCAGCCGAUUGUUCGGAGGCAAGUAAAACCAACGCUUCAUCCAUAUUUCCAUGGAGCUUUUUCGGAAGUUCACUCGCACGGACCGUUAAUGAAAUGGACGAUGUGCCACACUACCCGCGAAUAGAUAUCGUUUUCCAGCGAAAUAUGCAUCACAACCAUCGCCUGUACCGCCCGAAGUAUCACUACGGGUAUGGUGUGCGUCCUCAUCUAGUGGCAAACGGUUCCACCAGUGGCAGCAGCAGCAGCACGAGAAAUUCGUACGAACACGAGGACGUAGACAGUAGGGGCCACCAGACCGACGCCGGCAUCCUUGUUUCGGCUACCAAUCACCACAACUACAAGCGGGCGCACCAUUUACAGCAUAUAUUCCACAAGCAUACCCACCAUCAGCCCGUUGUGCAGCAACCGCUGGUUAUUGGCCGGGCACAGAUAAAGCGUCGCCAUCUGAACCAUCGCACCGCUGCCAGCAAUGACGACAGUGAGGAAAACCAAUCCGUCUCCUCGUCUGCAGCGCGCGAUUCGACCGGUGUCUCAUCGGGCGAGGAUCGGCAUCUAUGAUUCGAUCAUGUUGCAUAAUUAUUUUCGCUAAUAAUAGUUUGUUCGCACCUCACGCUAGGUGAUCGCAUCAACCUCAACCUGCUAGCGAUAUAAUGGUAAUGUAUUCUAACCGCUUAAACAUCCUUCCGUUUGCGAACGCUUAGCUGUAUGGAUAUUGAUUUUGUAGUGUGUAAAGAUACGGAGUACGGAUGCUGCAUAGGGCACCGUCGUAACAUGCGCUUCCUGUUUUUGAGUUCCUUUUUUACAUUUUCUUGUUCCUUAGCAUUUGGUUGAGUUUGAUAAUGCAUAAGAAAGCACAAAUGAGCACAAGGAAUCGGUUGAUUCAGAUCGGGUUCCGGUUAAACCUCACAGUCAAAUUGCAUCAAAUUGCGACAGCGGGUGCUGUAGAGUUCCUGUGCUCCUUAGUACUGUACUUAAGUUGAUUCGAUGGUCGGUGAAAAACUGUUAAACGAGCCCGUGUUAUAAGUAAAUGUUAUGCCCAUCAAACAAGUGUUAGUGAGAGCGCACUUUGCGGGAUGGAAGGCGAAUUGAGAAGAAGCGAACACGUGUCGCUCAAUAAUGCGCGUAUAGUUAUGUAGCGAUUAAGGAUAUAUGUACGUUUUUGGGCGUGCCAUUUGCACUCUAUGUGUGCUAGGAAUCGGUUGUUUUUUCCCUCUUUCUCUCUCUCCCUCUCUUUCACGGAACAGGUUCUUUAAUAAUUUUUCAAAUGGUUAAGCUUUAUACAUAGCGAUACGAAUAAGUUAACACAACUAUAGAGGAAGUGCCGAACUGAUCAUUACAAACAACCGACAAUUACGAGCUGUUCGAUGCGUACUGACUUCAAAGGUGCGCGUGUACCCUGGCCGAAAGGGAACAGUGCGCGCAGGACGAACAGGACGAAACAUCGUGUACAUAUUCCUUUUCUUAUCCUUUCUGUUUCACGGCUUUCUGUCACACUGUGUGUGAGAUGAAGCACCAAACUUACUAUCGUUGUAUCUAGAUGUAUUAUUUAUUGCACUGAUCAGCCCCGUUUCUGGGGGGAGGAAGGAAAGAUGAAGAAUGUUGGUUCCAAUAUUGCCAUGCUGCUGCGUAGGUUGACCCCCUUCGUAAGCUACAAUUCAGAUCAGAUUACUAUUAUUUACCAUUUCGAAACUAUUAAGCUAUUCUUACGAAUUCUUGCGAACUGUAAUCACACUAAAUAGGUUGAAGCACGCAUGGUCACCAUGCAAGCUGCCGGUCGAAACAUCAUACAUACACUAGAAUAGAAUAGAAUUGUAAAUAUCUAGGGAAGAGGAUAUACGUUUACUUGUCUGCUGUUAGCUUACCAGCAAGAGUGAAAAUAUUGUUAUCGAUUGUUUUGCUAUCAUUUUGCGGUGACACACACACAGUUCGGUACGCUAGUAGUGCAUAGUGCAGCAAUGCAGUAGACUAGACAAAAAUGCCAAUGGUGACGCGUAAGCGGUCGUGCUUAAUGCGAUAAUAACACCGGGCAACGAUGAUUUUGAACUAUUGAAAAAUAAAACUAAAUGUAGAGUAGUAUUGUACGGCUAGUUAAGUAUACAGGUGAAAUAAAUGAUGAAUAAAAUGGCUUCAUGAAAACACUAGCAAA